UUAAGAAGCUGCGAGAACGUUAAGGUACUUCCAGAUCUUACCCCAUGCCAAAGACGGACACGUGUUCGAAACCUUAUGAAGUCCCUCUGGAAACUUCAUCAAAACCAAUGGCCACCGGAAGCUUACUGGCGCCUGGGAGUCAGCUACUCACACCAGAUGACACUGUAAAUGUAGAUCAACAAAGGCUGACCGAGCAUAUUGUUGCAAGUUCAUCAGUUGCUACUGUUUCACCAUCCAACAGGGUAGUAAACACCGAAACUGAAGGUCAAAUCUCCGCCAGUUAUGCAGAUUUAUUCUCAGAUGAUGUUGAUAUGGAUGGCAACGGUAACGAUACGUCCGAUAUGCACCUGAUUCCCCUGAGUUUAUCGACGAAACCUGCAUUCUCCAGGUGCAGUUACGCUGUUAAGCCUUUACCGCCCUCAAAUACCAUGUUGACCUCUGGGUGUAUUGGCAAUGCACAGUCACAAAAUGCCAUCUUUCGAAAACCUAAACCUAAAAGUCCUAGUUCGAGUAUACUGCCAAAGCCACAGAAACGUUUUAGUCAGCCCCGAAGUAACUAUAUUUAG